GGGGGGGGGGUGUGACCCUAGGUUUUCUGUUUCAAUGGUCAAAAAAAGUGAAGUUUCUAGAAGCAGAGGGCGCGUAAUUCCCUUUUUUCCUAUUAGUUUUCGGAAGCAGGGGGGUUAUGCGCCCCACGUCCCCCUCCCUACUUACGCUACUGCCCACACCCACCCAUGCCCAUACCCAUUAUCGUACCUACGCCCACCCCCACACCCUAAAAUCAACGUCCUCGACAUUUCUCCUUUUCGACUAAAGUUGGGAUUACCGAGAAAUAUAUAUAACUUUUUUAUUAUAAAACUCUUGAUUAUUCUAAUUAGAUUCUUCGUACUUGUUCUGAUCAAUUAAAAUCAUCUUCAUCUGAUCAAAAUCAAAUAAAACGUCAGGCAUGGCUUAUAAUUCGUAGUGUUCUUUCUGUUUUAAUUUCCAAUGAUGAUGAUCAUGAUCUUAUUACACAUCUAUUAAAUCAUUCAAGUUUUUUAAAUGGUAAAAUAUCCGAAUAUCCACCAAUAUGGAAUACAAAUAUUGAAAUAAAAUCUCGUCAUGGUCAUAUUUUAUUACUUCAAUGUCUUCAUCAAGCUGCAACAUGUAAAACUUUACCUGAUGAUGUUUUAUCUACAUUAAAAUCUACGAUUCAACAUUAUACACUUGUUUCCGUAACACAACAAACAGGUCCUUUAUCUUCUGAUACUUAUAAUACAAAUGAAAAUAUUGAUUGUUCAACAAUUUUAAUCGAUAGUAUUGUUUCUUGUUAUAUUGAUAUUGAUGAUGAAUUAAAUUCUAUUGGUCGUGUAUCAUUUGAGAAAUUAUUUAAUACAUUAUGUAUUAUAUUUAAUAAUGAUUAUCAACGUAUAACACAAUUACCAUUAAUAAAUUAUUUAAUAAAUACAUUAUAUAAUCAUUGUCAUGAUCGUAUGUGGUAUUCAAAACAAGGUUCAUGUCGUUUUCUCUAUGAUUUAUGUAUAAAAUAUUUUCCGAAAGAAAACGAAUGGUUCUUAGAAAAUUUCAAUAAAAUUUUUCAUGGAUUUUUUCAUGUAAUUAUAUCAUUAACUGAUGAAAUCUCAUCGGGUACAUUAGAUAUAAUAUCGAAUAUGAUAAAAGAAUUUCUUAAUAAAUAUGUUCUUAUAAAAUCAAGUGAAAAUAUUAUUGAAUUAUUACUUAAUUAUAUAUUUUCUCCAAUAAAUUAUAUACGUAAUUUAAUUUAUGAUUGUUUACGUCAAUUAAGUAAUUUAUAUCAACAAUCCAUCUCACGUUUAAUUGAACCAUUUAAAAAUGAAUUAAUAAAAAAAUUUUCUUCAUUAAAUAUUUUACCAUUUAAAAAUCAAUCAUUAAUUUAUCAAAUAACGUAUCUGGAUGUUUAUAUUUAUUUUCGUACAAUUGAACCAAAAAUAAGUUAUAUACAAUUAUUUGAUAAUGAUUUAUUUAAAGAAUUAACAACAUUAAUACUUGAAGAUAAUGAUAAUUUAUGUAAAUUAUCAUCAUAUCGUUCAUUAACUCAACAACAAUUAAUAUUAAAUAUAAUUUCAUUAAAAAAAUUAUCAUUACGUACAAUAGGUGAAUAUCAUGAACAAAUUGAAUAUCGUGAUCAAGUUUUACGUUUUUUUUAUAAAAUUUUAAUAACAAUACAGUCAAAUGAAUUACAAUUAAUUGCAUAUGAAUCAAUAGAAAAAAUUUUUAAUGGACAUCAAAAUGAUCAAUAUCGUGUACUUUUUGUUGAUUCAUAUAUGCAACAAAUAUCAUUUUAUGAUAAUGAAAAAUUAAAUUUAACACCACAAAUAGCACAAACAUUAUUUUAUUUAUCGAAAUUAUCACCAAAUUCAUUUGAUGAACGUCCUUGUGAACAAAUAUUUAAUUUAAUACGAAAAUUAAUACAAACAGUUGCACAAACAUUUCGUUCAUCAUUUGAUAUACAAAAUCAAUUCUAUAAAACUUGUUUAAUUUUAUUAGAUUUAUUAGCAACAUUACCAACUUCAUCGAAAAAAAUUAUCGAAUCAUUAACAAUACUUAUUUUAAAAUUUGAUAAACAUUUUAUGAUUGAAUCAAGUAGUGCCUGUCGUAAACAUUUAAUUGAAUUAUUAACUCGUCAUCCACAAUUAAGUCUUGAUCAAUUUAUUAAUGAUGAAAAUCGUUUACGAGAUUUACAAUGGAGUCGUCUUUUUUUGGAUCUAUUAAAAAGUUCAUCAUCAACAAAUAUUCAAACAUUUGUUCGUACGAAUUGGCUUGAUCGUUUUCGUCAAAUUCUUAGUGAACAUAUUGUUUUUAUUGAAACAAAUCAUAAUAUUCCAUCUAUAAUUUGUAUUACAAUUCGUUCAUUAGCAAUAUUAGCUCGUACAGAUCAAUUAUGGUGGUCAAGACAACAUGAACUUGUUUCACUUUUAUUACGUUUAUGGCGUUCAAAUACAUUUCAACAACAUUCAUUUAUUUCUUCGGAACACUUUGAUUCAUUUUGUUCCAAAGAAUUAAAUAAUGUUCUUAAUCUUUGUUUAAUUUAUUAUCAAUAUCAACCUGAACGUAUUCGUUUAUUACUUGAAUUAACACGUAUAUAUUCAUGUACAGAAAAAUUAUUUUAUCCAAAAAAAUUCUUUCAUUUUAUUCAAGAAGUUGUUAUUAAAACAUAUUCAUUAAAAUGGAAACGUGAUACAUUAUCAUCAUUUAUAUUAUUACGUAAUGAUGAAUCUUAUACAUUAGAAUGUAAAUCAUUAUUUUUUGAAUAUAUUCUAUUACCAUCAUUUACAUAUGAAUUUGAAAAUAAUAAAUCACAGAUAACAAAUGAAUUAUUUCAAAUAAAUCCAAAUACAGAUGAAACAAUUAUUGAUUUAUUUAUUCGAACAAUGAUUGAUACAAAAUAUCUUCAUCAAAUCAAUGAUAAAUAUCGUAUAUGUUUAUUACGUUUCUUAUGUUUAUUUCUUGAAUAUAAUCCACAAAUAAUUUGUGAUACAAAUUCGACAACAACAAAUAAACGUGAUAAUGAAAAAAUUCGUCGUCUUAUGGAAUGUGCCUAUGGUACAUUAUUAAUGAAUAAUAUUGAUCCAACAUAUAAAUGUCAAGCACAUUUACUUCUUUGUUAUAUUAUUUCAAAAUAUUCCAUUGUUAAAAAAAUUAUUAUGCAUGUUUUUAAUAGUUUAUUAAAAUCUUAUAUAAUUGAUGCAAAAUAUUUAGUUCGACAAGCAACUGAUUUAUUAAUACCAGCUAUACCAAUAAGAAUUGAUGAUGGUUAUGAAAUUUUAGCUUAUUGUACCAAAAAAAUACUUUCAGAUGAUGCACAUGGAAAUUUACAAUUAAUACAUAUUAUGACAAUUAUUGUACGUCAUCAAAUAAUUUAUUUUCAUGUUCGAUAUACAUUAGCAAAUUUAAUGAUACAAUCCGCACAAAAAAUAGCUGGACAACAAACAAAUUCAGCUGAACAAAAAAAAUUAGCUAUUGAUAUUAUUGAAGUUAUUAUUAAAUGGGAAUUACGAAAACAUUUUGAACAAAUCAAUGAUCAACGAACUUUUAAUCGUUCAUUAAUAGAUACAAUUUUCGUUUUUCUUAUAAGACAUGCUUGUCAAAUUAAUAUGCAAAAUAUGAUACCACUAUCACAACAAUGUAUUCGAUUAUUUAAAAUUGCAAGAAAAUUUGCUUGGCCAAAUAUUGAUGUUAAAUUAGCGACUUUUGAAAGAUUAAUACAUCAAAUUGAAUCACCCAAUGUUACCGCUCAUAAUUCAAUUGCCAUUGCUAUUGAUCUUCUCGCUUUUCUUAUAUCAACAUUUACUGUUAUUCAAAUAAAAUAUACUAUGCGUACAUUAAAACGUUCUUUAAUAACAUGUAUAUCAAUAACAAAUAAUGCACGUUUAGUGGAAUCAAUGCAAAAUCUCUUUAGUAAAUUAAUCGUUCAAAUUCCUAUUGAACCACCGGCAGCAAUUAUUCCAACAACAGCAACAAAUAAUCAAUCAGGUUUACCAACACAACUUGUUCAAGCAACUUUAGCUUCAUUAGCAACAGCUUCAACACCAGCAAAUAAUUUACAUUUAUCAACAUCUAUCAUAAAUAAAAGUGAAGAUAUUGAACAAUUCUAUACAGUUAUAACAAAAACCAUUAUUGAUAAUAUGAAUAGUACAGCAACAUCAAUUGUUAAUACAACCGAUAGGUAUGAAUGA